AUGUCUCGUUCAACGCCAGAAAUCAUAGAAAACAUUUACGAAUACAUUGGAACGGAUUAUGUUACCUUACGAAACAUGGUUCUCGUAAAUCGUAAUUGGUGUAAAGUGGGAAUCCCAUACUUAUGGAAAGCCCCAUUUAGUAUCGACAAAACGAAUUCCAUAAAACAAAUUCAAAUUAUUUCGACUUACCUUUCAUUCCUCAACAAUAAAGAAUAUAAAUUUUUCCCGGUACAAAAGAGAACAUGUUUAUUUAAUUAUCCUAUUUACCUAAGAGAGUUGGAAAUCGGUAACCUAUUUUACAUGAUUGUUAGGUGGAUUUAUCAAAGAAAAAUUAAAUUUGUCUAUUAUGAAAAUACUGGACGUUCGAAUUUUUUUAAUAAUAUGAUGGAAGAAUCCGAAGAUUAUUAUAACGAUGAGAAUAUCGAGUAUGAAUAUUAUUAUUAUACCUAUUACAAACCAACGGAAUCAGUUAUUGCAAGUUCCAUCUGUAAGCUCUUAAUUAAAUCCAAUGCGUACAUAGAAAAUUUGAGCGUAAUUAAUACCACUUAUAAUAAUCCUUUUUUAAUUGAUGAAUUAUUAAUCGAGUUACUUAAUUUUCCGGAAACGAAGAAUAGUCUGAAAAAUUUGAACACUUUAAUCUGCGGCUCGUUAGUCACGGGAAACGUCUUGACAUCUUUAACAGGCAUGUGUCACAACAUUACCAAGGUUGAAAGUAAGUCCACAAAGGAUUCAACUUUUAAAAAGUUAACCGCCUUAAUUCAAAAUCAAAUCUCUUUAAGGGAAUUCACCUUGGAGGAUAACAAAUCCGACACAACGGCAACCAUUAUAAGCCUGGAACGUCAUAUCAAUUCCUUACUAUGCAUUAAUUUAAAGGAUAUUAUAAUUUAUAGACAUGUAUCAAUUAAAUCCUUGGUGAAAUGCAUAAACUUGGAAAAAUUACAUCUCGAAAUUUAUUUUCAUAGUUUCAGGGGGGUUAACAAUAAGGAAAUCUUGAAACCAUUAUUGGACGCACAGUUUUUUCAUUUAAAAGAUUUUAAUUUAACCUUAUUAGGUGAAAAAACUCAUGAUGAUUUGGUACUUUAUGAUAUAUUAGAAGUUGUGCUAAGGAAUUGUGACGAAAAUUUGGAGAAAUUGACUCUUGGUAUUAAUUUUAAUAUUAAUUCGGAAAUUUUUCGUUUAGUUUCACAACUUUGUCCAAAUUUAACGAUCCUUAAAUUAUUGAUCCAAGAGGAUGAGGAUUUGUCUGAUUUAUUGAUCCUAUUGCCCAAUCUCACAAACUUGAAGACGCUAGUCAUGACGAAAAAACCUUGGAUUGAAAAUGUACUUAACAUUCAUAAUAAUCCGACCUUUAAACAAAUUAGUUUUGUCCUUCCUUCAACUGUAAAUAGUUUAAUAAUUGAUGGAAUAUUGACAUUUGAAUUCAUGCAAAACUUUAUACGAUUAUUUAGAGGUUUUAUUAAAGAAUUCGAGUAUAAUAUUUUCUGUUUUGCGGAUAAUUAUGAUGAAGAAAACGAGGCUCAUAGAAAUCUUUUGAGGAAUUAUGGUGAUAUGCUUAUUAAUAAUGAAAAGGCUAUCAAUAUUGAUAUUUCCUCUAAUUAUUAUAGACAUAAAAUGGUUUUCAGGGCCUAUUACUUAUAA